AUGAUUUCAAAGGUGAAUUCUGAUAUGUGUGUUUCUCUCCCCCUUCCCCACCAAUAGAGUGACCGGCUUCUGAUCAAAGGUGGGAAGAUAGUCAACGAUGACCAGUCAUUCUAUGCUGACAUAUAUUUGGAAGAUGGCUUGAUAAAACAAAUUGGAGAAAACCUCAUUGUUCCUGGUGGCAUCAAAAUUAUUGAUGCUUAUGGCCUACUGGUCUUGCCAGGUGGGAUAGAUGUCCACACACGGCUGCAGGUGUCCAUCAUGGGAAUGAACUCUGCUGAUGACUUCCAUCAAGGCACCAAGGCUGCCUUAGCAGGAGGAACCACAAUGAUCUUGGACCAUGUGCUCCCGGAGCCUGGAGUGAACCUGCUCACUGCCUACGACCAGUGGCGAGAAGCUGCAGACAGUAAAUCAUGCUGUGAUUACUCCCUGCACAUGGACAUUACCCGCUGGCAUGAGAGUCUCAGGGAGGAGCUGGAAGCCUUGGUGAAGGACAAAGGUGUGAACUCCUUCCAAGUUUUCAUGUCCUAUAAAGAUAAAUACCAGUGUACUGAUGGCCAGAUGUAUGAGAUUUUCAGCAUUAUCCGAGAACUGGGAGCCAUCGCACAAGUUCAUGCCGAAAAUGGAGAUAUCAUUGAUGAGGAACAGAAGCGAUUGUUGGAACUUGGGAUCACUGGACCAGAGGGCCAUGUUCUUAGCCACCCUGAAGAGUUGGAGGCAGAGGCUGUGUACCGGGCAAUCACCAUAGCCAAACAGGCCAAUUGUCCCCUCUAUGUCACCAAAGUGAUGAGCAAAGAAGCAGCAGAUACAAUCGCUCAUGCUAGGCGCAAAGGGACUGUUGUAUAUGGAGAGCCCAUCACCGCUAGCCUGGGCACUGAUGGCUCGCACUACUGGAGCAAGAACUGGGCCAAAGCUGCAGCCUUUGUUACCUCACCCCCAAUAAGCCCAGACCCCCUGACUCCUGACCAUCUCUCAUCUCUGCUAGCAAGCGGGGACCUGCAGGCUGCUGGCAGUGCCCACUGCACCUUCACCACAGCCCAGAAAGCUGUUGGCAAAGACAACUUUACAAUGAUUCCUGAAGGCACCAAUGGGAUCGAAGAGAGGAUGAUGAUCAUCUGGGAGAAAUGUGUGGCCUCAGGAAAGAUGGACGAGAAUGACUUUGUUGCUGUGACCAGUACAAAUGCAGCCAAAAUCUUCAAUUUAUAUCCUCGGAAGGGUCGGGUGGCUGUGGGGUCCGACGCCGACCUCGUCAUAUGGAACCCAAAGGCUGCCAAUGUCAUCUCUGCUAAGAACCACCAUGUGAAUGUGGAGUACAACAUCUUUGAAGGAACCGAGUGCCGUGGGGCCCCCGAGGUGGUCAUCAGCCAAGGAAAAGUCGUGCUAGAACAUGGAAAUCUCUUUGUCACACCCGGAUCAGGGCGCUUCAUUCCUCGGAAAACCUUCCCUGACUUUGUCUAUAAAAGGAUUAAAGCCAGAAACAGGCUGGCUGAGAUUCACGGUGUGCCAAGAGGGCUCUAUGAUGGACCCGUCCAUGAUGGGAUUGUGACAGCCAAGUCAGCAGCCCCAACACCAGCCUCCAGAAUUGCCUCCUGCCCUGGCAAAAUCACAGUCCCACCCAUCCGCAACCUGCACCAAUCUGGAUUUAGCCUGUCCGGCUCUCAAGCUGAUGACCACAUCGCCAGGAGGCCAGCCCAGAAGAUCAUUGCCCCUCCAGGAGGACGGUCCAAUAUCACAUCUCUGUCCUAGGGGGGCCCUUCCUGGCCCUCAGCACUUCUUCUUAUUGGCUCCUACUAAACUUCUUCUGAAAAGGGACCUCCUUUGCCUCCAUUGCCCCUCCCCCCAGUAGGCCUUCCUUUCUGAGCAGUCUGGGUCCCCUUGUAAGACACCACCCCAAGAGAAGGCAGGCCCAGGGGAGUUGGCACUGCCCACCCACAGCAGUGGGAUGGGGGCAUUCCCAGGUCCACAGGCUCCAGUUGCUGCCAGCUUCCUCCCACGCCCAGCCUCCUCCAAGGAAGAGAGUGGAGGCCAGAGAAGGCAGCUGGCUCAGAGUGCUAGACCCUCUCAUUAGGCACAGACAGGGCAGGGUACCAAAUGCUGAAGAUGGCACUUGUCCAGUGCCCUUCCCUUCCCUUCAGCAUCGACCAAGUGUCUGCCAUGGGCCGGACCCCCGGGCUGAGCACAGAGACACAAAGACAAAACUGAAACACUCUUUACCCAUAGGCAGCCCCUCCCCCAUGGGACUUGUCCGGCCCCUGCAGGCUCCCUCUUCCUCCCCCCCCAGGGGGCCUGACCAUAGGGUGCUUUCUAAGCUUGCCCACUGCCAGUUAGAGCAAGAAGAACUUCUGGCCAGGUCUCAUUUUUACUGCUGUUGGUAUUUCUUAGGGCUGCAAUUAUCAGUAAUAACGGGCCUCGCUUUGCUGCCCGCCACUCACUGCCCUCUGUCCCUGGCCAGGACCUCUCCAUCAGGGUCCUUAGCCAUUCCCCUUCAGGAGCCUAGACUUUAAGAGGAAGCGGGCUUCAGCUCAGGCCUUUGCAAUGACAACUGGCUUGUUUCACAUUCCCAAGGACCAAACAUUAGCCCAGUUCCAGGCAAAUGUUAGGAACAAUUAGAUAACUAGUGUUUGCAUUUGUUACAAAACUGGAAUUUCCCUUGAGUUCUUUGGAAGCUGUGAAGUGACUGCGCCUUCUCCAGCAUUCCACAACUGAUGCUAGUGCUAGGACAGACCGUAUGUUCCCUGAUAAUCAAUGAAUUUGGACCAGGUAGCUAAAAGUCCACCAGAAGUUGGGUUUCCUUAGCCUCCUUUCCCUAUCUCUUGCAUGGGACCUUUGGAAACACUGUGCCCCCCACCCUUCCCUGGUGCCCCACCUCCUUCCCUUCUCCUGUGCCCUAGGCCCUGAAAACAACCCCACUAAUAAAGGUUCAUUCAACCCCUCCCA